UACACAUGUCCCCUCGAGCUAGAUCAGUGCGUACUGUACUCAUGGCGGGGUGAUAAGCGUGAUCGAAUCCAUUUAGAUUUAGAUAGUCCGCGUGCACGAAGCGGAGCGUGCAUAGUCGAGACCGGGAUUGAGCAGAUCGCGCCUCGCCCGUCAAAUAUAUCGUCGAAACCGUGUUGUACUCUUGGAAAUCCUGAAAGAAAAUCAACGAUUGCUAAUUAAAAAUUGAUAGUAACGUAUCGUGCGCGAUAGCUGAAUUACGAGUGUAUUAUGUUCGGAGAGCUCCGAUCACGCACAUUUGAGAAUCUGAGAGGCUCCGAUUUGUUCUUAUAAACCGGUACGGAGCCGUUGACUUUGCAAUAGGACCGCAAAUCGCUCAAAUUCGGACCCUCGGACCGUCCUCAUUCAGUCAUGAAUUCUGUUAUAGAAAAUUUAAACGUUAAAAGUUCCGGUGUCACGAGCGGUCUUCACGAGAAAAAUAAAGAUGCGGCCAACGGAAAUGCGUCCACGGGUGUUUUACGUGAGGCGACCACCGAUGUAUUACGAAAAAGAAUACAGGAAAUAAAAGAGGAUGUUUUGGGACACGUUAACAACCGUAUUAACGACAUGAUGUCCGAGGUUUUGCAGAAAAUAGAUGUACCAUCGGGGAAGAAUGGAGAAUUUUCGUACAGCACGGACAAAUAUCGCGACAAAAGGGAAUCCAGCAAGAAAGAUGCGCUGCCGGUUAAGGAGUUCCUUGAGAGGAAUUCAUUGCUCACCGAUCUCUUCGAGAUCCCGCACAUUCGCACGGUUUAUAAUCUGUUCAUGGUGACUCUCAUACUCAUGUUUUUCAACAAUGUCGCGUCUGAUAUCAUGGAAACGGGAACGGUCCACGUUGGUACCAAAACGUUACGGAUUGGUUUCGCAAAGUUCUCAACGUGCCUCUAUACUUGGUCGUUCAUGCAGGCUUCGACAUUCAGUGUCUACGUGGCCUUCACCCUCUGGGCGCACCAGCGACUCCGAUUCUUGCCAAAAUCCUCCAUCCGGAAAUUUUGGGAUUACGGCUGGCUAUCAACAUUUAUAUUAUAUCAAGUUCUCUUCAUCGUUUUUCCUGUCAAGGUGCUGCUCGACAAGAAUUUGUCCAUAGGUUGCAGUUUCAUUGUUCUUUUAGAACAAAUGCGCAUGAUAAUGAAGAGUCACGCUUUCGUCAGGAGUGUGGCACCUAGGUUUUUGUCGUAUAAACCCCAUAACGAAACUCCACGACCGAGCGGCCCCAGGUUCUCACAAUAUUUGUACUUCCUAUUUGCACCAACUCUUGUGUACCGCGACGAAUAUCCCAGGACGAAAAGAAUCAGGUGGAUGGUAGUGAUUUGGAAUUUUGCCGAAGUCGGCCUAGCGAUCUUCUAUCUCGCCUUCAUCUUUGAGCGCUAUGUAGACCCGGUCAUAACGUUCGGCACACAUCUGGAACAAAAGUGGCUCGUCAAGACUAUCAUCGAGUCUAGUCUACCCGGCACUCUCUACUUCAUUACCGGACAAUACCUCCUGCUGCACGCGUGGAUGAACGCUUGGGCGGAAAUGCUGCGGUUCGCCGACCGUUUGUUUUACAAGGAUUGGUGGAACUGCACGACUUACCACAGGUACUACCGCACGUGGAACGUGGUAGUGCACGACUGGCUAUACACGUAUAUCUAUAAAGAUAUGUAUGAGAUCGUGGUACCACGCAAUCGUACACUGUCAGCAACCACCGUAUUCUUCGUCUCCGCCAUCGUCCACGAGUACAUACUCGCGUUCGCAUUCGGCUUCUUCUAUCCGGUGAUGUUUAUUUUAUUCGCCGGCAUAGGUUUCGCCAUGUUCUUCGUUCGCAAAAUCAUCACCAGCAACGUUUUCAUGUGGUUAUCCUGGAGUCUCGGCAACGGCAUCAUGUUCAGUCUAUAUCCGAUGGAGUGGUACGCCCGCUUCAACUGUCCACCUCAUUCCAAUUACUACUUGGACCUGUUUAUACCGCGAAGCUGGACCUGUCAAGGGCAAUUUGACACGUAGAUCGUCCUAUUCGCAGUGGUGAAAUUAUUCCCCGUGCUAUCUGCUAUCAGACACUGUUUAUCAAGACUGUUAUAUACGAGUUUGCGUAAUUAGUUUAAACUGAUUAGAGCGAAGAACUGAUUAGGUGUUAAAUUGAUUAGAGCGAAGAAUAGUUCGUUGACGUAAAAUCGUAAUAAGAAGACCAACGGAGAGAGAGAGGUCCAAACGCAAUUGUCAAUGAACAUCUUAUUAUUUUUGGAUUGUGAAGUUAACUGCAACUUUUUCGCCGAAACAUUAAUUCAAAUUCAAAGUGGACGAAAGUAUUUUUUGCACUUUUGCUGGAACCCACCUGGUUGUCAUAACUGAUGACCUUCUUGACUCGCAUGAUUUUCAAACUAUAUUGCACUAAGCGAAGUGAUAAUAUAUUGCUCUUUCAUGUUUCUCAGUGAAAAUUAUUAACUUUACAGUCGAAGACGUAAAGUACGGAGAAAAACUCAAUCCAACUUAUUUUUCGAAGAUGCUAGACUGUGAUCGAUUCGUUUAUUUAUUUAUUAUUUCAAAUUCCGUGUCUCUCCUCCUAAGAAGUCUUCCAAGCUUCGUUUCUAGUUGCUCCUUCUUUUUUUAUUUUAAAUUUCAUUAAAUUUAAAAUUACGACUAAAUUCGUAAAUUAUUCACAGAGAAACUAGAAAGGAAAACAAUGCUGUUGUAAUAAACGGCAUGAUAUAAAAUAAAAAAAAAGAUAUAUAAAACUUAUCGGAGGUGAAGCGGUAUCAUUGUGUGCAAAUCGUUAUAUAAUUUCCAACUACGAGGGGCGUUCAAAUAUAAAUAUAAUAAUGAUUUGAUUAUUAUUAAAAAAACCAAAAACAACGCACAGGUUUCAGUUACCUCACUUUUCAGGGUAGUCUCCCUCUUUUGCAAUGCACUGCGAUUGCGCCAUCGGUCCGGUAACUUCCGUAAUCGCGUAAAAAAACAUUUUUUAGCAGACGCACUCUCGAACAGCUGCGAUGACUUCCUCAUUACAGGUGAACUUCGAUCUUUCUAAAAACUCGGAUUACUAUCUCUUUGGACCACUGAAAGAGUUUUUAGGCUAUUUUAACAGCCAUCCGUAACAGCCAAAGGACAGAAGUAGCUGUUCGAGAGUGGGUCUGCAGUCAAAAAAUUUUUUCUUAACGCGGAAUACGGAAGUUAUCGGACCGAUGGCGCAGUUGCCUUGCAGAGCAGAGAGAAACUAUCUUGAAAGUGAUAACUGAAACCUGUGUUGUUUUUGUUUUGUAAUAAUCAAAUUAUCAUUUAUAUUUAAACGCUCCUCAUAUUUUAAUCAAUAGAAGUAAAAUCUGUAUAUAGAAAACACGUGAUAUGUCGAGAGGGUUCGGAGUCCUCUUAGACUUAAUGAUGACGCUCGAUAUCUUGAAUUUCGAAUUAAUUGUAAUUAGUUUUGUAUAAAAAGGAAUGUGCAAGAGUCAUUAAAAAUAAACGCAAGUUUAUAUAAAAAGGGAUAAUUUUUAUAAUUGAAGUUUUACAUACGCCUCUCGAUUUCCGCAUGGCAACGAAGAAGACGUACGUAUAUCUUCCGCCCUAUACAAAUUAAUUUAUUUCAUACAGUCGAUACGCAUAUACAAUCCUCUUCAUAAUUUAUAUGUAUAUAAUUAUUUUCUUUUCACUUUAUGAUAUAUAUGUAUAUACAUAUUUACAUAA